AUGGACAUUGCUGUUGCUGUGAAGUUGAUAGGGUCUGUAAGUUGGAGCUUGCCCCUGGUGGGUCAGGAUUAUCUGGAGAUCCUCUCCAGCUGGUAUUGCAGCUUUGGAAACUGCUGUGAGACAGGAGACUGCAGAAUAGUCAACAACGUGAGUGUCUUCUCUUAUCCUGCAGGGUUGGAGUCGGACCUGAACAGGAGGCUACAUGGGCAGCACUUGGCAAAGAAUGUCAUUCUCAGAGCAAUGAGAAGCUUCCUGGAGACCCCACAGCCGGCGAAGGCCCUGGCCCUGUUGUUCCAUGGCUGGUCUGGCACUGGGAAAAACUUUGUCGCUCGGAUGAUUGCUGAUCACCUGUACCGUGAUGGGCUGAAAAGCGAGUGUGUUAAAGUCUUUAUCUCACUCUUUCAUUUCCCACACCCCAAAUAUGUGGACUUGUACCAGGGUCAGCUGAAGAAGCAGAUAAGGGAGACGGUGCAGCUCUGCAAACAGUCCUUGUUCAUCUUUGAUGAGGCGGAGAAGCUUCACUCUGGCCUGCUGGAUGCCAUCAAGCCCUGUGUGGAUCCUCACACCAGCAUCAGCGAGGUGGAUUACAGGAGAUCCAUUUUCCUGUUCCUCAGUAACAUUGGUGGGAACACCCUCAACCAGGUGGCUCUGGACUUCUGGCGAGCUGGACGGACCAGGGAGGAGAUCACCAUGGAAUCCUUGGAGCGGCAUCUGCGCAUGGAGCUUCGUGAGGCCACAGAUAGUGGCUUUGCUCACAGCCACCUCCUUCAAGAGAACCUCAUUGACUUCUUUGUACCAUUCCUGCCCUUGGAGUAUCACCAUGUGAAGUUGUGUGUUCGGGACGCUUUUCUGGCCCGCAGCCUUCCAUACACUGAGGACAUGCUGGAGGAGGUGGUCAGGAUGAUGGUUUUCAUCCCCAAAGAGGAGAAACUCUUCUCUGCACAAGGUUGUAAAUCCGUGUCUCACCGCAUCAACUACUUUCUACCCUGAAUGUCAGAGGGAACUAUACUAGUGACCAGCAUGGCUGCUUGCUGCACCAAGAGACUCUUUCUCUUGCAAGAGCAGAUUGAAAAUUCACCCAUUUGCACUGCAAAGGAAAUCUUUGAAGUCUCAUAGAACUGGAGAGGCCUCUAAGGACUGCUCAGAUUAUUACACCUGUGGACUUGUGUGGCACCUGUACAGCCUUGAGCUGGCAGAAAGCUGGCUAUACAUUUGUUGCCCAGUGUAAGUUCCUUCUCUUAGCAAGUAGCUGAGAACAGAAGCCAUCAUUAGCUGUUGCUAAUGAAGAAUCCUGGCUGGCAAAUAGUGGCCUGCUUCACAUGAGCAGAGUUGGUGCAGGAUCUUUGGUUUAUUGUGGGGCGAGGAGUGUUGAGCUAGCUUAGUAUCUUCAGUAGGAAAGUCUGAAGAGGUCACAGAAGCCACUUCCUUGCUGCCUCUCCCAAUGCAUAAUUUGCAGGCCUGCAAAGUAAAAUAAGUGCAGUAGCUGCGGGUAAGACGGUGAUUGAGUUUAGGUUUUUCACCAUCUCCCCUUGGGGGACUAGUCUGAGUGAGAGAGAAUUUGUCUCCCAGAAUCCUUCUUGCCAAACCAGCUGGUUCACAGUCACGAGAGGAGAAGCUGUCCAGCAAGGGUGAGAAACAGCUUGAGUAGCGAUUGGGUGUAAGAAUCACAUCUGCAGCCUCCACGUAUGGCAUCCCAGGUAUAGAACCCAGACUUUGAGGUGUCAUUGCUUUGUGGUCACUUCCAUGCAGGACUCCAAGUGAGAGGACAAAUGCAGUGAGCUUAUGGGCAAUGCAAUCUGGUGAUAUUAGCCAGCAUCUUCCACUCCCUGGGGCAGCUCUUGCUGUGCACACAGCGUGCCCAGCUUCCUCUGGACAAACUCUUUCUGCAGCAUUCAUUUAAGGGGGCUCUCAAUUGCAGCAUUUUGGCCUCUGCACUGCUCUGAUAAAUCAAGAGGACCAGAGUACAGAGUAGCAGACUGUCCUUGCCUACGUCAAAGUUUGGAGAGUGAUAACUCUGCUGUUUGAUUACUAUUUCAUAGAGUACCUAGGAUUUCACUGUUACACACUCUGGCUUUUGGCCAAAGACCAUGUUACUACAAAAGGGACUGUUUGCGGUCUCGCGUACUUGCCAAAUGAUUUUAAAACCCCAAAAUGUCAACAACGCUGGGGGCAACAGAGUGAGAGAAGCUGCAUAAUCACUUAAUCUGUGGUGUAUAGGUCAAAAGUUAGGAUGAGGUGGAACAGCACAUGCUGAGGACAGAGUUCAGCAGCCUGGAUCUUGAACUAUUUUAGGUGUUAAAACAUCAAAACUGUGCCCGUGCUUUCCAGGCAGCUCACGUACUCACUUUGGAAAGAGUCUGACAAGGUAUGUUUUAUCUAAUUCCCAUUGGGUUUAAAGUCUCAAUCCUGCCCUGCUUCAGCCUGAACAAUAGAAGUGUAAUAAACCAAUGUUGCUAA